AACACACACAAAUAUGAGCCAGCUUUUCAUAAAUCAUAACCCAAAGUUUUAAUUCACAUAUAUAUAGCUAAUUAUUAAUAAUAAUAAUAACACAUACGUAACGUAAUACGAAGUAUCGAGGAGUACAAGUUCGAGAUAAGGAAUAAUGUGUGCCGUCGUAGUAUCAAAUGUUUCUCAUAGUGGUAAUACUACCACUACGAGUAACAAUUUUUUCAACCUUCAUGCCAACCCCAUAACACCUAAUUUGAUGGUAAGGUUUCAACAACACUUGGAAGCAAAUCAUCAUCAUAAUGAUUCUUCGUUGAUGAAGAGGAAAAGGCCGGCGAUAAGGGUUACUAUUCCGGUUGCUAGACUAGUGGAAAAUGUCAUGACAACUACGCCUAGAGAUGAUCAUGAAAACCGUGUUGAAGAGAUUAUUGAAGUUGAAGAAGAUGGGUAUGGAGUUUAUAGUAAAAGAGGGAGAUCAAGGGCUCGUUUGGAGGAUCGUUAUUCGGCUUUUGUCAAUCAUGUACGUGGUCGUCCUAAACAGGCAUUAUUUGGAAUAUUUGAUGGACAUGGAGGUCCAAAAGCUGCUGAAUUUGCAGCAAAAAGGCUAGGUGACAACAUACUAAACCAUGUAGGAAGUCUAACCGGGGUCGAAUCGGAUAAUAAACCGGUUGAGGAGAAAAUAAGAGAUGGUUAUUUAGCUGCUGACCAGGAGUUUCUUAACGGAAAUUCCAGUGGUGGUGCUUGUUGUGUUACCGCAUUGAUACAAGAAGGCAACCUUAUGGUCUCUAAUGUUGGUGAUUGUCGCGCUGUUAUUAGUAGGGGUGGCCUUGCGGAGGCACUAACUAAUGAUCAUAACCCUUCGAGAGAAGAUGAGAAAACUCGGAUCGAAUCCAAGGGUGGAUAUGUAGAUUAUUGUAACGGAACAUGGAGAAUACAAGGUUCUCUAGCAGUAUCAAGAGCAAUAGGAGACCAACAUCUCAAGCAAUGGGUCACAGCAGAACCCGACACGAAAAUCCUAACCAUUAAACCCGAUUUCGAGUUCCUGAUCUUAGCUUCAGAUGGCCUGUGGAACAAAGUUAGUAAUCAGGAAGCAGUUGAUGUAGUUCUGCCCUUUUUUACAGCAAGAAGUGAUCAUAAGCCAGAGUUAAAGCAUGCUUGUAGGAAGCUUGUUGAGUUGUCAAUAAGUAGGGGAUCAAAUGAUGAUACAAGUGUAAUGGUGAUUCAAUUAGCCCGGUUCGCUCACUAAUCUACCCGAUUAUACAAGGUUUUAAACCUUUUUCGAGAGUUUUCUCAUGUAUAUAAGAUACUACGUAAAAUUUAUUUCAUUUAAUUGAUUAUUAGUAUUAGUAAGCUAGUUAGUGCAUAGUUGGGUAGGAAGAAAAACUUUGUUUUGUUGUAGAUAUUAUAAUGUAGAUAAUUAAGUUGGAUAUGCAUGAAGAUUCAAGUUUUGUUCUUU